CUCUCUCUCUCUUUUUGUUGCGGUCUUUGGUUGAUUGAACUUGGAGUGAACAAGAGAGAGAGAGAGAGAGAGAGAUCUGAAUGGUUUUUAGUAGCUUUGGAGCCUCCGACACAAAACUUUUUGCCUUUAUUUUUUCAUUGUGAGGUGGGUUUGAUGAACAGUCCCGACGGCAAUUCCGAAGGCUUUCUCCAGUUCUUUGCUUCUUUUGCUGUUUGAUUUCGCCAGAUAUUGUUGGAUAGGACGAUUGAAGCGUGCUAUUAUGCCUGUAAGCUGGGAGCUUUGUAGGUUGGCUCGAGAAGAUCUACAGUUCGUUGGUCGGCUGGCAUGUUGGAGACCGGCUCUCUAAUUCUGUGAGGAGAAGGAAGAUGUCUGGAGUUGGGAGAUCACAUUAACGGCAUCAUCCAAUCAAGCCCUGUUCUUCGCUUAUUUCCUAUUAUUUCUUAGCAAAUCUUAUUACUGGCUGAACUAGUGAAGUUCUGCUGUGUUCACUACUCGAGAGAAAGAUGGUUGGCACUGUUGAAAAGAAUCAUGCUUCUGUUAACUCGAACGGUUCCCUUCACAAUUCCAAUGGUGCUGAGGAAAAGCUAGAUGAGCUUCGUCGCCUCCUCGGCAAAACUGAUGGUGACCUGCUAAAGAUCGUUGGUGUUGGGGCUGGUGCCUGGGGCAGUGUGUUUGCUGCCCUCCUGCAAGAUGCUUAUGGUCAUUUUCGUGAUAAGGUUCAGAUAAGGAUAUGGAGACGGCCUGGUAGAUCAGUUGAUCGAUCCACAGCUGAGCAUCUGUUUGAGGUUAUCAAUUCAAGGGAGGAUGUUUUGAGGCGUUUGAUCAGACGAUGCGCCUAUUUAAAGUAUGUGGAGGCAAGGCUUGGUGAUCGAACACUGUAUGCCGAUGAGAUAUUGAGGGAUGGUUUCUGCUUAAACAUGAUUGAUACACCAUUUUGCCCAUUGAAGGUUGUGACUAAUUUGCAGGAGGCAGUAUGGGAUGCGGAUAUUGUCGUGAAUGGUCUGCCUUCCACGGAGACGAGGGAAGUAUUUGAGGAAAUUAGUAGGUAUUGGAAGGAGAGAAUUACUGUUCCCAUUAUUAUCUCUCUUGCAAAGGGUAUAGAGGCAGCUUUGGAUCCCGUCCCACGUAUAAUUACACCUACUCAGAUGAUCAAAUGUGCAACUGGAGUUCCAAUCGAGAACAUUCUUUAUCUUGGGGGUCCAAACAUUGCCUCAGAGAUUUACAACAAGGAAUAUGCUAAUGCUCGAAUCUGUGGAUCAGAGAAGUGGAGCAAACCUCUUGCCAAAUUCUUGCGACAGCCAUAUUUCAUUGUAUGGGACAACAGUGACCUAGUUACUCAUGAAGUAAUGGGUGGUUUGAAGAAUGUUUAUGCUAUUGGUGCUGGAAUGGUAGCAGCUCUGACAAAUGAGAGUGCAACAAGCAAAUCAGUGUACUUUGCCCAUUGCACAUCUGAAAUGAUAUUUAUUACUCACUUGUUGACUGAACAACCAGAAAAACUGGCUGGUCCAUUAUUAGCGGAUACUUAUGUGACCCUAUUAAAGGGUCGGAAUGCAUGGUAUGGGCAAAUGCUUGCCAAGGGAGAACUGAGUCCUGACAUGGGUGACAGCAUCAAAGGGAAAGGAAUGAUUCAGGGUGUUUCUGCAAUUGGUGCAUUCUAUGAGCUACUUAGUCAGCCUAGCUUAAGCGUGUUGCAUCCCGAGGAUAACACACCCGUUGCUCCAGCUGAGCUGUGUCCCAUCCUCAGAACGCUUUACAGAAUACUGAUUAGAAGGGAGUGUCCUUCACAAGCCAUUCUUCAAGCGCUACAAGAUGAAACCAUGAACGAUCCUCGUGAAAGGAUCGAGCUGGCUCAGAGUCAAGCUUUCUACAGGCCAUCGCUUCUUGGCCAACCUUAACAGCAUCUGUUGACGAUCAAGGAGAGGUUUUUAUGUUAUGGUUUCAUCUUUUCUUGCCAUUGAUGAAGCUAAAAUGGAAUAACUGCUUCCAUACCGAGCAAAGUGUUCGGUGAGAGAAGAUAAAUCGUCAGUCAGUGAAAAUUUCUGUCAUAAAAUGAGUGGCUUCUAAGGAGGCUUGAUUAAGCUUGUCAUGUCAUGUAAAUGGGUUGUUCAGUUGCACCUUAUGAAUAAUCAGAAUAUAUAUAUAUA